AAAGGUGUCGGUGGAUUUAAAUCGUAUUACGUUCUCACCUUGUCCCCAUCAUCAAUAUUAGUAAUUAUGGUUGAGAAAAUAUCUGACAUGUUCUUCGUUCAUGGAUAUAUACAUACAUACGUACGUUAUGUGUCAUUCUUUAUGAAUCGCACGACAUAAUGACAAUAGACUCAACAAGUUACAUAAUACAAUGCCGUCGCACUUAGGAUUACGUCUUAUUUUUGGUAUUACCCUAAUUCGCUGUAGCAUUUUAGCAACUUUAUUCCAUUCGGAUCCCGGAGUCAAUUUUUCAUUCGGGAUCCGUAACAAUCUUGUGAACAGUUCGAAUCCAAUUCCUACUGGCUAUCACCGAAUCGGGGACAUGAUCCUUCCUUCAUCGUAUUUCCAGAAGAAUGGGACCAUAAAAUCUGGUGUUGCUGAUCCAAACCUUCUCUGGCCAGGUGCCUUAAUUCCAUAUCGAAUAGAUGAUAGCUUGGCAAGUCAUUUUCAAACCAUCCAAUCUGCAAUGGACCAAUAUCAUGCCUACACUUGUAUAAAAUUCAUCCCUGCCGAAGCUUAUCACACCGAUUACAUCCUCCUCAUUCCCCGGAGUGGAUGCUACUCCAUGGUUGGAAGACAAGGUUAUGGGAUGCAGGAAGUCAGCCUGGGUCGCGGAUGUACAGAUGUUGGAACAAUUGUUCACGAGCUUGGUCAUUCUGUCGGAUUAUUUCACGAACAUUCUCGCUCAGAUAGAGAAUUUAGUAUCAAAAUUCACAUGACCAAUGUCGACCCCAACAUGAUAUCCGAGUUUCAGAUAAUCUAUGGAACUCGGCUCCUCAACCAUUACGAUAUCAACAGCAUCAUGCAUUAUGGGAGUACGGCAUUUUCAAAAGAUGGGAAAAGCGUUACUAUGGAAGCGCUAAAUGGGGCCGACUUACGCGAUCCUUUCCAGAAACUAGGGCUAGAUUCGAGUGAUAUUUGGAGGAUCAAUACGUUAUAUCAGUGUUAAUAUGACCAUUUGGUAAUGUAAUUUCUUAUAGUUUUUCAUGCUAAUUAAAUUUUUAUCAAUUCUUAAAUUAAUAAACAUGAUUUAUUACUACCUAA